UCAGUGGUCGUCUUUCUCUCGUUAUUCACUGUGAUCAUUGCAACUGUGGCUUUUUUCAUCAAUUUUUCGAACGAAAAAUCUGACAUUGUCUCUUUGGAAGAAGAAUAAAAAAAAUAGUAUCAUUAAAAGAAAUGUCUGAUUUUCGUGAGUGUAUAAUCAACCCUAAAAACGGCAAGUACCCCAUUCUAGUCGGAGGACCAACAUAUCAAAAACUGGCGCAGGAUCCGCAGUACUCAGAAGCUAUUCGUCGAGCUCCAGUAGUUCACUGUCGAUAUCAUGGAAAAGGCAGCCCGCGAUUAGCAAGUCCUGAAGGAGGUAGAGCAUGCGUCGAAAAUCCUGUGACUCACUACCCUAUUUUAGUAGGAGGUCCUACCUACAACAGGUUAGCUUCUAGUGGAAUGGCAGCUCAGCUGCGAAGCGCACCUCAAGUUCCUUGCAGAUACGGGGGUAAGAGGAGUCCGGUCGCUUCUCCAGAAGCAGGCCUCCGAGCUUCUCCUGGUGUAUGGGGUCCAGAUAGAACUUGCAUCAAAAGUCCAAAGAGCAACUACCCUAUUAUAGUAGGAGGAGCAGCCUACAAACGAUUGGAACAGGACCCACAGUACUCAGCUGCCUUGCUGUCUUCUCCUCGAUCUCCUUGCCACUAUCACAGAUACAAACGAAGAAUGCAAUUUGCGUAAUUAGAACCUUAAGUUUUCGAGGAAAAAAGAAAAGUCUUAUUUUUUUU